AUGAGAACCGCUGCUCUCUGGGCGUGCUGCGUGUCGGCCGCAUCUGCCGCGUUUGACUUGAAUCGGGGUGGUGCUGUUCUCAAAGCACCAGCAGGCGACUCGUUUGCCACCGUCACAGGGACUUUUACAGUGCCGAACCUGUCGGGCACCAAUCGACUCUCGAUCUGGGUGGGCAUUGGUGACACACUUGAGCAGGAUAACGUCCUUGGUGGUGGUAUUGUUUAUAACAGUACCCUUAACAGCUUCUCUGCGUACUUUCCUGGUCCGGUGACGGACACCACUUCGACUGUUCCUGUUGCAAACGGUAAUUCGAUCACUGUAACUGUCAACUUGGCUGCCGCUGGGGGUACCGUGACCAUCGAGAAUAAGACACAGAAUAAGAGAACGACACAGACACUCGCUGCCCCUCCCGGCGUGGACCCAUUCGCUUUAACUGCUCUUGCGGCAGACUGGUUCGUCCAGGCAUAUCAAGUAAUUCCAGGCCAGCUGGUGGCCACGCCAAACUUCGGGACGGUAUCAUUCACUGCGGUGACUGCGACGACCAAGAGCGGCGUGAACGUUCCGAUCUCAGGCGCAGGAAGAUAUGAGAUACAAGGAACCAGUGGACAGAUGUAUUCGAAGACGACAAUAUCAAGCACUGAGCUUACAGCGUCGCUCAAUUCGCUCGGCCCGCUCGCGUGGGUGAAGCUCAGCGAGGAGCAGGUAUGCUUCACCAUCAUACCAGAGCAGGGCACACAAGUAUGGGCUGUGCUCUCGAUUGACUCCAUCUUUGAGAGCAUCAGCGUGCAGUCGGCUGCAGAUAAUGUCAUCAACCUCGAAGUUCCGCUCGCGUCGCUGAAUCGCGCCCUCAAAUCGGCCUUCAAUGCCACGUCGGCCCAGAUACGCCUCACCAAGAAGGACAACCUGCCCGUGCUCGCUCUUACCGUCACCACUACCCCGUCCUCGAACACGUAUAGCGCCUUCCCUACUACUUUGACCAAUGAGGACGACGACGACGAUGAGUACGGCGACGACGAUGACGACGGCUUCGAUGCCGCCUUCGACAACGAAUUCGGUGGAGGCAACCGCGAGACCAUCAUCACGCAAGAGAUACCUAUACGUGUGCUUGCUCCGGAUACGGUAGCCCAUCUGCAUGAGCCUGUCUGCAGGGAGCCGGACGUGCACAUCAUCCUGCCGCCCUUGAUACAACUGAAAAGCAUCAGCGACAGGUUCACCAAACUAGCGCUGGCAGACACCACCAAGGCAAGCAGUGCGACGACGGCAGCGAGAACCCGCCUAGAUGUCUCGGCCAAUAUGCACGGAUGCCUCAAGAUAAGCAUCAGGUCUGACGCCAUGAACAUAUCUUCCAUCUGGACCGAUCUCAGCAACCCGGAACUAGACCCUGGCCACGUCGCUGGCGGCGAGGACGGCGUUGCUGAACAUCCGAGCACGCGUAUGAAGCAGCUAGGGUCGGCCGAUGGGCGUAGCGAACAAGGUUGGGCCACAGUGAGGAUUGACGGCCGGGACUGGGGCAAGGUCAUGAGUGUGGGCAGACUGGGCGGACGGGUCAUUGCCUGCUUCUGUCACGAGCAUGCACUCAUUCUCUACGUGUACUUGCCCAACGAUAACGGCGAGGACGAGUCAGUCUUGACAAACUUCAAGCUGCGGGCACCACUUCCAGACUACGCCUCGUGCUUCGUGUUACCUUUUCACGAUAGUAUAAAGUAUGUCUAUGCUCGUGUUUUCGAGCGAGAUAGGCUUAUUCGCGUAUAUCUUUCAUACUGCAACAUGGACGAAGCUCCUUUCACCGCCUCACUGCCUUCACAUACAUCCAACCUGAGCGACGUGCACACAGUCAAUACCGACGAUACAUGUUUUCUCACCAAUCUUGCGACUGAACUCGUUCAUCGUAUAAUCGAUUUUAUACCCCCCGCAUCCCAUAUCGACUUCGCAUGUUCCUGCAAACAUUUAUACGCAUGUUCCGCGGACGUGUUCAAGCGCCAUCGCGAUGCCCAGCUGAAAUACGGUGUUGCGUCUGAUGUUGACCCCGCUACGAUUCCCACUCUCCUUCGAAGCGCAUUUGGAUACGGUGACCCUAUUCUGGCAUGGCACGUUCGAUCCUUAGAAGUCUGGUAUGACCGCAGAGGAUGGGACCUGUGGAAAAUGCUCGAUUUUGAAACACCCGUCGAUCAGAGUAUGCAGUCACCGAUAGCGUGGGAGUUCAUACCUGGCGAAAUCGACGAUUAUUUAGAGCGACUGGAGCAGGGACAGGGUCGUCUUCUACCCCGGCGUAUCGAUGAAGCACGUACGCAGAUCCUGGACGGGCAUGAUACUUACCUAAAAGCCCUUCUUAUUGUUCAUUGUCCGAGACUUCGAGAUGUCAAGUUUGUCUUACCAGCGCGUCACGAGGUCGAAACAUAUUCUUGUCUUGGAUGGCUCGACACCUUCAUAAAUGAUUCUCAUAACAAGAAGACUUCUUGGGGCCCGGGACUGCAAAACCUACAAUCAGCCGCGGUCGGCCUACCUUCCGGGACCUGGGUGGACGAUGCCUUCCAUCCUAACACAGAGCCUCUAAAUAGCAUAGGGAUGCUGGUGCAAUUCCUGCGUCUACCCCACCUGGAAAGGUUAUAUUUCAAAGACCUCGAGGACACCAGUGAUGAUGAGGUAUCUUGGGACGUGUUAGUACCAGCCGGAACUUCCAGCAUCAAACAUCUUUUCCUGGACAAUUGCGGCGAGCUACACAGCGAGCCUCUCAAUGCUAUUGUGGCCGCCCCGUCAGCCCUCCAAACAGCCUGUUUUCGCGCCGGCGAUGCAUUACUUGAACACGCCGACAAUUGGGUCAGCAGCCUAGGCACCUGUCAAGGACAGUCGCUCGAAAGCCUCAUGUUCUACGGCUAUGACUCUAAUGGUAGUAUUCAUGGCUAUCGUUGCGGCGCCUUCCGCCCGGAAGAGCUCAACGAUCACAGAGCUUUGAAGCAUGUUUGCAUGGACAUUUCGGAUUUUGAACUCGAAGCCUUGUACAAUAUAAAAGACGAUAGAGAAGAGUGGGAAAGUGAUGGAGCGCUUGCCGAACGCACUUUUUUCGAAUGUGUGAAGCAGUACGAGGUAAUAGUUCUUUGGGGGUCGCUUGGUAACUUUUACGUUCAAUGGGAGCCGACUGAGGAACAAGGCUUUGAAGACGCGGUGUUAGCUGUCCUCAGCGGAUCCGAGUCUUGCACACUAGCCAUGUACUUGGAAAACGUCGAGAAGCACAGUAGAAACUUGAGUGGAAUAGAGAGCCCAUCUCAACCCAUCGAAAAGGACAAGAUCUGGUUCCGCCGCGCGAUCGAAACAGCAAGGAAGCGUGGCGUCGAUCUCCAUACACUCACAAAUCGGAACAAGCCAAUUCACCAGAUCGAGUUUCCUGAAGCGCCUGAUAAGUACGACCUCAAGACUGGACCAUGGGGUGAGAGACCAGAGGAUUGGGUCUUCAAUGUGUACACCGGUCGCAGGGAACCGCAAGGCUGCGGGAAAUGCGGGGACUGUGAUGUUUGCUUUGGGUACUACAGUAAAGAGAUGUGGGAUGGACUGAAGAAAGAGCCAAGGAAGAUCAGGUAUGACGGCAAGAACGAGGAUGGGAUCGAAGACUAG